AUGGGGGACAUCGUGCUCAGGUUGAAUAUUGACCAGUCCAGAGUGAUGGAUCACGGCAACAAGCAGACAAAAAAGAAAGGGGUGCGGGUUCCGGGCCCGUUGGACAGGCAGCUUCGGUCUGCGUACUCCAUUGUGUGUUUUGUAGUAGGUAGUUCUUCACAGCAUGUCACGGUAUCGGUCCAACAUCCUUGGAUGGAUGGGUCCCUGUGCUUUUCGUUUGUGCAUGCCAAAUGCGCCUUGGGGGAGCGGAGGGUGUUGUGGCAAGACUUAAUGGCCGAUAAGCCUAGCUCAAGGUUGUGGUGCGUGUGCGGAGAUUUCAAUGUCAUUGCGGACCCGAGUGAGAAGCGCGGAGGUUGGCCUUUCGCAAGAUCUGAGGGGUUGGAGUUACUGUCAUUCAUGGAGGAGGCCGAAGUGUUUGAUGCGGGGUCCUCGGGAUCCAGUUUCACUUGGUGUAAUAACCGGAGAGGGCACGCACGAAUCUGGAAGAGACUGGACAGGGUGCUAAUCAAUGGCGAGUUUACUGAGAGUGCUCCAUCAAUCUCGAUGGUCCACUUGGCCCGUCAUCCAUCAGAUCAUGCGCCACUGAAGAUCUCGCUGGCGUCGCGAAUGGAUAACAAGCCUAGGGCAUUUCGGUUUUUAAACCUACUGCGUACCACGCGGGCCAUCCAAGACUGGAACAAGGGAGUUUUGGGGAAUGUGUUUGAGGUUGUUAAGCAGGCGGAAGCGAAUAUGCUAGCAGCAGAAACCCGCACGGAGCAGGAUGAUUCGAUGGAGGCGCAGGUUGAGCUGAGUAAAGCUCAAGCUGAGCUGCGACACGCAUUGCUAAAUGAAGAAAAGUUUUGGAGUCAGAAGGCUAGAGAUGCAAUUCAUAGAGUGAAGGAUAAGAAUGGCGUAUGGGUUGAAGAUGAUGAGGGGAUCACCAAUGAGGCUGUGCGGUUCUUCUCGAAUUUGUUCUCGGGCUCCGGGGGGUCAGCUGGUGAUUGGGAGCAUUUAAUCCCUAAUAUGGUGACACAGGCAGACAGGGCAGCUCUUGAUGCAGAUCCAACUAGGGAGGAGGUGAAACGGGUGGUAUUUGAGAUGGAUGGGGAUAGUGCUGCAGGCCCUGAUGGCUUCACAGGUCAGUUUUUUACUUUCGCAUGGGAUGUUAUUGCGCAGGAUGUUUAUAAUAAUACAGGGUUUGUCAAAGGCAGGAAUAUAACAGAGAAUUAUCUCUUUGCUCAGGAGCUUAUGUCAGGGAUUAGGAAAAAGGCUAGGAGGGGAAAUGUAGCGUUGAAACUUGACAUGGCAAAGACGUACGAUCGUGUCUCGUGGACAUUCAUUGUCAGUGUAUUGCGCAAAUUUGGAUUUGGUGAGAGAUUCAUUGACAUGGUUUGGAGAUUAAUGUCGAAUGUUUGGUUCUCAGUCAUCAUUAAUGGGGCAUCAUAUGGUUUUUUCAAAUCGAGUCGUGGGGUCCGUCAGGGAGAUCCGCUGUCGCCAGCCUUAUUCGUCAUUGGCGCAGAGGUGUUAUCACGGGGGCUCAAUAGUCUUGCUGCACAGUCGAGAUUCUUGGGUUUCAUGGUACCCAGGGGUUGUCCACCGGUUACCCACCUAGCUUUUGCGGAUGAUGUGCUUGUCUUUGCUAAUGGCUCUUCUAGCUCUUUGAAGGAUAUUAUGCGGGUAUUGAAAAUGUAUCAACUGGCCUCUGGCCAGUUGGUGAGUGUUCAGAAGAGUGGAUACUUAGUGCACCCGUCAGUGUCGCCUGCCAGGCGGAGGGUAGUUGAGCGGAUUACUGGCUUCUCAAGGCAGCAUUUUUCGGUCCGGUACCUGGGUUUCCCGUUAUACAUUGGCAAGUGCAAAUCCUUGUACUUUGGGGAGGUGUGUUACGCUAUCUCGACAAGGAUUCUCUCUUGGCGGUCUAAACUUUUGUCGCCUGGAGGCAGGCUAGUGCUAAUCAAGCAUGUUUUAUCGUCGCUUCCGACGCACCUUCUAUCUGCUGCAGUUAUUCCGGUGGCUACAUUCAAGAGUAUUGAGCGUAUCUGCGCAAAUUUCUUGUGGGGGACCUCGACCGAGCAGACUAAGCACCACUGGAUUCUGUGGUCUCAACUUUGUUACCCGGUGAUGGAAGGUGGCACUGGUUUCCGGCGGGUUCGCGAUGUAUAUAAUGCCUUUUCUUGUAAGCUUUGGUGGGGUUUGCGCACGGGGUCAUCUCUAUGGGCAACCUUCAUGCGGGCAAAGUACUGUAAAUGGGUCCAUCCUUAUCAGGUGGUUAGUUCUCAAGCUGCCUCACCAACUUGGAGGCGCAUGGUCAAUGUGAGUCGCCAGGUGGAAUUAUGCAUGGUAUGGUUGCUCAAUGAUGGGACUUGUGAUUUUUGGUAUGAUAAUUGGUUGGGGAGUGGGCCUCUUUUUCUUAGAGCCUUUGUGGUUCCGGGCCUUUCGUUUUCUGAUGUUAUGGUCAAUGGCACCUGGGAUAGUUAUCGGUUGUCACAGAUUCUGCCGCCAACCAUUGUGGAUGAGGUGAUGCAUUCACCGGCACUGAGUGGAAGGGGGACAGACCAAGUGAUCUGGAGGUCGACGCAGUCAGGGCUCUUCACUUUGGUAGCAGCCUUUCAGGAGGUCCACCAAGGUCGCAACAGGUCACUGGUGUUCUCUCGCAUAUGGCAUGCUAGAAUACCUUUGAGAGUGUCCUUGUUCAUGCUGCGCUUGCUCACGAGGCGACUGCCUUUGGAUGACGUCUUAGGGGAGAUGGGGUUCCAGUUGGCGUCAAAGUGCUUCUGCUGUGCGCUUGCCACUGGAGAGACACUGGAGCAUGUGUUUUUUGCGGGACAGCUUGCAUUGCAGGUUUGGGCAUAUUUUCAGAACAUAUAUGGUAUUGGCAGUUCGUAUGAUAGUCUUCGAGCACAUUUGUUUGAUUGGUGGAUGUCCCCAACUCCAAGGGGCAAGCAGAGAUUCGUAUUUGACAUUGUUCCAGUUUUUAUCUGCUGGAACAUUUGGAAGGCGAGGUGUAGAGCGAUUUUUGAGGGGGCUAGAGUUUGUGUAAAGGAGAUAUGUGAAGCGGUCUUCCAGGAUGUCAAAUCGGCAAUUGAGGUUCAGUUUAGUCUGGCCGCCCAAGUGAGCGAUUUCUCGCUGUUCUACGAAAGGGUAGCUCAAUCGACUGUUCUGUAUGAGUUCAGAAUUGUUCAGUGGAGGGCAGGUGGUCAAGCAAAUAUGGUGCUCAAUACGGAUGGUUGUUCUAAGGGAAAUCCAGGAGCGAGUGGUGGAGGCGGCUUACUUAGAGACUCCGAUGGGCAGUUAUUGGUUGCUUUCUCGGCGUACCUGGGGGAAGCUACUAGUCUUCGUGCUGAAGUGUUGGCCAUGUUGAAGGGUGUUCAGUUGUGUCUUGGAAAGGGAUUUCUCCCCAGGAUAGUGCAAUCGGAUUCGAUGUUAUUAAUUGACAUACUCCAGCGGCGAUGUCUUUGUUCUUGGUCUAUUAGAAGAGAGGUGGAGCAAGUCUGGCACCUGGUAGAGGGGGUUCGGUUUGAGCAUUGUUACAGAGAGGCGAAUAAGGUUGCUGAUAUAUUAUCCAAUGUGGGGGUCUCUCAUCCGCAAGAGCUAGUUAGAGUUUACUUUACUGAGCACACUCUUCUCUCGGUGGCCCGAGGAGAGUGUCGGUUAAAUAGACUUGGGGUGCCAUCGGUUAGGCGUGUUAGGGUAGAACGUGCAUAG